UGGUUUGAUGUUUUGUCUGAAAACUGAAAAAAAGUAAGGGGAAAAGAUAAGAAAAGUUGAACAAGACAAGACCCAGAUUGGUUGCUGAGAAGAUCGAAUGCUCUUCCUUUGCUUCAAUCAUGCUCUUUCCAAACCCCAUCGCAUUUCUGCUGCCAGCUCUUCUUUCUUUCGUUUGGUUAAACACACACCAGCUUUAUGCCGCUACGUUGCCCCAAGAUGAAGCGAAUGUUCUGAAUCAAGUUGCCAAAACGAUGGGGAAUAACGACUGGAGUUUCGAUGCCGGCAGUUGCAAUGUGUCGGAGCAAGUGAGCACGGUGGGCAUGAUUGCCGAGAAAAACAUUACCUGCACUUGCCAAAAUGGAACCUGCCACGUCACUCAUUUAGUAUUCAAGCUUCAGAGUCUUCCGGGAGUACUUCCAUCUGAAAUUGUAAAUCUUCCAUACCUCAAAGUGGUUGAUUUUGCAUAUAACUAUCUAAGUGGAACAAUUCCACCUGAAUGGGCUUCAAUGCAACUCGAAUUCAUUUCUGUCUUCGGAAAUCGACUAUCCGGGAGUAUUCCAACUUAUUUGGGGAACAUUACCAGCCUUAGAUACUUAGACCUCGAAACAAAUCAAUUUUCAGGACAAGUCCCUCCAGAGAUAGGAAAGUUGGUUAACUUGAGAACUUUAAGAUUGUCUUCCAACAGACUGGCCGGAAAUUUGCCAGUUCAACUUGCCGAUCUGGAAAACUUAUUAGACUUUAGGAUAAAUGACAACAACUUUAACGGGAGCAUACCAGCUUUCAUUCAGAGCUGGAAGAAACUUAGGAGAUUAGAAAUGCAGGCGAGCGGACUUACAGGUCCCAUUCCUUCAUCCAUCUCAGCUUUGGAAAACUUAAUAACACUGAUAAUCAGUGAUAUAAAUGGAACAACUCAGCGUUUUCCUGAUCUUUGGAACAUGGCAGCAAUCAAUCGGAUAGUAUUGAAAAAAUGCAACAUUGCUGGGCAAAUUCCACCACAGAUCUGGCAGAUGAGUCAAUUACGUAUUUUGGACCUCAGUUUUAACAUGUUGAGUGGGGAAGUUGUUAGAGCCACUUUCCCUCAUGAUUUAAGAUUCCUCUAUCUUACAGGCAACAAUCUCACUGGAAAUAUACCAGACUCGAUCUUGCAGACAGGAGUUGCCAUAGAUCUUUCCUACAAUAACUUCACAUGGCCAAGCCCCGGUCAUCCUGCUUGUUUACGGAAAUUGGAUAAUGUAAAUUUGUUCCGCAGUUCUUCGACAGAAUACCUUAAAAGGGGAGUUAUUCCAUGCAAGAGUGAUUUCAAAUGUCAGAAAUACUGGCACUCUAUGUAUAUCAAUUGUGGUGGAAACAAUGAUGUUAAAGUGAAUGGGACAAAGUAUGUGGGAGAUGCGAAAUCUGGUUUAGGUGGUGCUGCAACAUUAUAUGAGAAUGGAGACAACUGGGGUUUUAGUAGCACUGGAGACUUCAGGGACGACAAUGAUGAACUGAAUGUUGCGUCGCGAUAUGUAAAGCAGACAGCAAACAUGUCUAACCAGUUGUAUGCUACAGCGCGUCUAUCUCCACUUUCAAUUACUUAUUAUCGAUAUUGUUUAGAGAAUGGGAGUUAUUCAGUGAGAUUACACUUUGCGGAAAUUGAAAUCACCAAUAGCACGAGAUAUGGAAGACUUGGGAGGCGGAUUUUCAACAUUUAUAUUCAGGAUCAGCUGGUUGAAGAAGACUUCAAUAUAGAAGCUGAAGCUGGUGGGAUUCUUACUCCGCUAACGAAACACUAUAAUGCCAAUGUAACAAAUGGUGAAUUAGAGAUCCGCUUUUACUGGGAUGGAAAAGGCACUCAAGCAAUUCCUGUUCGAGGAGUCCAUGGCCCACUCAUAUCAGCCAUCUCAGUCGAUCCCAAUUUCAGACCCAAGCAUGAGGAGAAGAAAACAAAGACUUUCCCAAUUGUCAUUGGUGUUGUAGGAUCAGUUCUCGUAUUCUUGGCAUCUGGGAUUCUCUUCUGGAGAUACUAUUUUAAAGCCAAGAGCCAGAGAGAACAAGAUCACAAGGGACUGGAUCUGCAAACAGUUUCUUUCACCUUAAAGCAGAUAAAGGCGGCAACUAACAACUUUGAUUCUGGAAACAAGAUUGGUGAAGGUGGAUUUGGACCUGUUUACAAGGGUCAGCUAGCUGAUGGAACAAUAAUCGCUGUCAAGCAGCUCUCUUCAAAGUCGAGUCAGGGAAACCGUGAAUUCUUGAAUGAGAUGGGCAUGAUUUCAUGUUUGCAGCAUCCCAAUCUUGUGAAACUUUACGGAUGCUGUAUUGAAGGGAAUCAACUGUUGCUAGUAUACGAGUACUUGGAAAAUAAUAGCCUUUCUCGGGCUUUGUUUGGACCGGAAAACUCUCGAAUAAAUCUGGACUGGCAUACUCGGCAAAAGAUUUGUGUCGGAAUAGCUAGAGGCUUAGUGUUUCUCCAUGAAGAGUCUAGACUGAAAAUUGUCCACAGAGACAUCAAAGGUACCAAUGUUCUGCUUGAUAGAGACCUAAAUCCAAAAAUAUCUGACUUCGGAUUGGCCAAGCUUAACGACGAGGACAAAACUCACAUCAGCACACGUAUUGCUGGAACAAUUUAAAAAUGCAGAGGAUAUAUUGCACCAGAGUAUGCUCUGUGGGGUUAUUUGACCUACAAGGCAGAUAUUUACAGCUUCGGAAUUGUGGCAUUGGAGCUUGUUAGUGGCAAACACAAUAUGAAUUAUGGGCCAGGGA